GGGAGAAACUAAGCUAAACUCAAAGAGAGCGAGUGAGCGAGUGUUGCACAAACAACAUGUCUGCCUGUGUCAUGGCAUCUUUGGCUCUGAAACCAUCUUCCUCUCCUCUGUUACAACGAUCCAAGCUUGGAGGCGUGCGACCAUCGGCGAGGCCGUCGUUGGUCAUAGUGGCCAAGAAGGCGAAGAAGGUCCAGACUGCCCAACCCUACGGGCCUGGUGGUGGAGUGGCGUUCAAGGAAGGCGUCGAUGCGUCUGGAAGGGUAGCCAAGGGGAAGGGUGUUUACCAGUUUGCCGACAAGUAUGGAGCAAAUGUUGAUGGGUACAGCCCUAUAUACACACCAGAAGAGUGGUCUCCAAGUGGCGACGUUUAUGUUGGAGGAAAGACGGGGCUGUUUCUCUGGGCAGUGACUCUUGCUGGAAUUCUGCUGGGCGGUGCUCUUCUUGUCUACAGUACUAGCGCCUUGGCUUCCUGAAGCCUAUGUGCAGCAAACCAAGCUAUGCACCAAACGAUGUGUAUAAUAGUGCGGAUUAUAACCGUCAGGACAUAUGUAAUGGAUACAAAUAUCACUACCCGCAAAUCAGUAAAUAUCCUUAAUUAA